CCAUGACGUUCAUGUGCCUGUACCUGUGCAUGGCGAUGCCCAGCAACCUUGCGCCUCUCGUGCCCCUCGUUGCUGCCACGCCGCCCGUCGUCAUGUGGUCGCGCGUGCGCUUGGGCCUGCACACGCCGGCGCAGUGCCUUGUCGGCGCCACGCUCGGCGUCGCAUGCGCGCUCUUCGCAACCGUCCUCUGGACAGGCUUCGGGUCACACGCCGGCCUGGCGCAGAGACUGGCGCCGCGCGGCGACCACAUCCUGCGGCAGCUCGAGUCAAACGUCCGAGGACACAUCGGCGUGUAGAAAGUGUAUCACUAAUGCAUAGACGUGACGGGAUGCCCAGGAAC